AUGUUUCAAUCCUAUAGUCUAAUCAAAACAAGUAUUGCAUAUAAUCACUUAGAUCUGAUGGAUUGUAUAGUUUAGGGCUAAAAUUAAAGAGGAGGAUUAUAUUUAGGGAAUAUAGAAAGUGCUGGAAACGGAAACUUAUUGAACUUCUAUAAAAUUGGAGCUAUUUUGACUACAAUGAGUACAUAGGAAUAUAUUUAUGAUGGAAACAUCUCAUUUAUGGUAAAUAUAAAUUCUUAAUAGUUAUUUAGUUUAUUAGAGUAGAUGAUGCUGACUUUGUUAAUUUAAGCUCAUAUUUUUAAUAAGCCAUUGAUUUUAUCGAUUAUUAUAGAUAGUUUACAAACGUUUUAGUGCAUUGUUAUGCUGGAAUUUCACGAUCUGCUACAAUUAUAAUAGCAUAUCUAAUGAAAACAUUUAAAAUGACUUUAGAUUAAGCAUUUUCAUAUGUUUAGUAAUAAAGACCAAUUAUUAAUCCCAAUCCUGGGUUUAUGAAGUAACUUUAAUAAUAUGAAACUUUUCUAUUUGGUUUUAAUGCUCUUAGAUAUUCAUCAUUAAAAUAAAAUGAAAUGAUGAAUUAUUAGAAUAUGUAAAUCAUAAAUCCUGAACGCCAAAUUCAAAAUAUUGAUUUUAAUUAAAAUUUGAACAACUCUCAAAUAUAAUAUGGAAAUCUAUAUGAUUCAUCACAAUAAAAUGAAAAUUAAACUAAUCAACUGUAUUAUUUAUGAUUAUAACUUUAAUCAGGAAUUAACCAUGUCCAUUUGUUUCUCCUUAAGUUUUUAAUUAAAUUGGCAGUUAAUGGACUUCAGUACAACCUUAACAUGAUUUGAAUAGCCAAUAUCCUAUUCAUCGCAGUUUUGACUUUAUAUAAAAUUGA